AUGGUCUUGUAUUUGGUGAAGCAGCGACCCGUGGUGUCCCGAAGAGCGUUCCAAAGGACACUGACGCGCCAUUUCAUUCGUAGUUUAGCCUAUUCAAGCCUCCUAUCAAGCCUCGUUUCCACUCCGCUUUUAGCGGCCGAGCUCCUGGGGGAUUUUCUGCAAUCUGAUUGGGCGUGCCGAUUUCAAAUUUACUUUCUCUCGGUUUUUGUUUUGAUCGCCAUCAGCAACUUGAUAGUUAUAGGAGUAGAAAGAUACCUUACAAUAUUCCACCCGAGUAAACUCCCAACCACGGACACGUGCAAGAGACUGGUGAUGGCAUCCUGGUUUGUCGGUGCCUUUAUGACGAUAGCAUAUCCUGGUUCAAUCACAGUCCUUAAGAGAUUCGAAUUAGGCGAAGGUCAAUACACACUACACUGCUCCUCAAACAGUGUCGAAUUGACCAAGGUCCUCAGAAUCACCUCGCUGAUAAUCCAGUAUAUCAUCCCCGCCGUAAGCCUGACCGUCAUGAGUGUCCGUGUCCUCAAGUUCCUACACCGCCGCCGUCAACAAGCCCACCCUCUCCAAGUCAACUCCACAUUCAACGCCUCAAUGAGAUCCACGCUGUGGUACUACAAAGACAGCUACAUGUUCGCGUCGCUGACUCUAGCCUUUGUCUUCCCUUAUGCCGCUCCUAUCUUGUAUGCCAUUGUACGAGCAUUCAUCCCUGGCGAGAGCUCCUUCUCAGAAUACUACGUCGUGCGUAUAGUGGCGCUGUUUAUGUGCUACUCAAAUACCAUAAUCAACCCGAUAAUCUACCUCUACUGUAUGCGUGACAUGCGGAAGCGCGUCAGAGAAAUACUGUCACGUGUGUGUGCCUGUUGCGUUACCAUGGAGACCACCCCGCCCGUCGUCGAGAUUGAGAUCAAGAACCUGCCGCAUCAAAGGCUAGAGGUGCGACCGCCAUGUGUCGGAGUGGUAAGAACCUUUGCUGUUUGCUCACAAUCCAAGUAG